AUGCCGGCCGACGGGAUGGGGAAUCCCCACGACGUGAUCAUUGACAUUCCCUUGAAUGACGCUCCCAGUCGAGGCGGCAACCUCUCCUCCUCAGACGCCCGCAAAUGGAGCUCGCACAACCAAACCCCCGACGAGACCAUUGUCAGCGAGAAGGCCGGCCUGGUCACGACGCGAGGCCCCGGCCGCCGCCGCCGUCGCCGUGAAGACACCUCUGCUUCCGACAACACCAUCACCGAGGCGAUGGGCAAACCUGCCGAGUCGCCCGAGGACGGCACGCUGAACCGCAUGGGCCGCAUCUACCAGGCUAUUCUGAAUUUCUCCAUCGUCACUCGCUACCUCAUCUAUGUCACUCCGAUCGCCGUGCUGAUUGCGAUUCCGAUCAUUGUCGGUGCGACGGCUGCCAAGGAGGCCCGUAUCGGCGGCGUUCAUAUCUACUGGUUCUUUGCGUGGAUCGAGGUCGUCUGGCUGAGCUUGUGGGUCGCUAAGAUCUUUGCUCAUUUUCUGCCUUAUGUCUUUCAGUUUCUCUGUGGGAUUGUCAGCUCUGGCACGCGCAAGUAUGCGCUUAUUUUGCGCGCCCUGGAAACGCCCAUCAGCCUGGUGCUGUGGUCGGUUAUUUCGUUAGUCACGUUUCUUCCGAUUAUGACCUUGACCCCUGGAAAGAAAGAGAACAAUGACACCGACGUCAAGUCCUGGGAGAAGAGUAUCAAGAACAUUCUGUUCGCGCUGCUUGUGUGCAGCCUGAUCCUGCUUGGCGAGAAAGCCAUCGUCCAGCUCAUUUCGAUCAGCUACCACCGCAAGCAGUUCGACACCAAGAUCAAAGAGUCCAAGCGCAACGUUUACCUGGUCGGCCUGCUCUUCGAAGCCUCCCGGAAUAUGUUUCCCGCGUAUUGCCCCGAGUUCCGUGAUGAGGAUGCCAUUAUCUUCGAUUCGCUCUUGGCCCAAGGUGGCCAGAAGGGCGGCAAGCGCGGCUCUACCAUGCCGUUGCGGAUGAUGCGCCAGGUCGGGCACAACGUCGGCCGCAUUGGCGACAAAGUCACUGCAGCAUUCGGGAAUGUGGCCUCUGAGCUGACCGGCAAGCAAGUGUUCAACCCGAAUGCAACGCACUCGGUCGUGGUCCAGGCGCUGGAGCGCAAGCGGUGCUCUGAGGCGCUGGCGCGCCGUAUCUGGAUGUCAUUUGUUGUCGAGGGCCGCGAGGCUCUGUAUCUGGAGGACAUUGUCGAAGUGCUUGGUCCCGACCAUGAGGCCGAGGCUGAGGAGUGCUUUGCUUCUCUGGACAAGGACGGGAAUGGCGAUAUCAGCUUGGAUGAGACGAUCCUGGCCAUCACUGAGUUUGGUCGCAUGAGGAAGUCCCUGAACCACAGCAUGCAUGACGUCGACCAGGCUAUCCAUGUGCUGGACAACCUACUUCUUGGUGUUGCCUUCAUCAUUGCUGUUCUGGUUUUCAUCUCCUUCGUCACCAGUGGAUUUGGCACUGUUAUUGCCGCUGGAGCAACCACGUUCCUUUCGCUGAGUUUCGUCUUCGCAACCACCGCUCAAGAAGUGCUGGGAUCUUGCAUCUUUCUGUUCUCCAAGCACCCCUUCGAUAUCGGUGACCGCGUGGACAUCAGCGACAAAUCCUACAUUGUGGAACGCAUCUCGCUGCUUUUCACUGUGUUCCGCAGCGUCACCGACCACCGGAUCACCCAAGUGCCCAACAACAUUCUGAACAGUCUCUGGAUCGACAACUUCACUCGGGCCAAUGCCAUGCAUGAGCAGCUGACGGUCCCGGUCAGCUUCGACACCACCUUCGCCGACAUCCAGAUGUUGCGCGAGGAGAUGGAGCGUUUCGUCCGUGACAAGGACAACUGCCGUGACUUCCAGGAAAACAUUGACAUUGAAGUCGUUGGCGUCGGCGACAUGGACAAGCUCGAGCUGCGCGUCGACAUUCGCCACAAGUCCAACUGGUCCAACGAGACGGUUCGCGCGUCGCGCAGGUCCAAGUUCAUGUGUGCGCUUGUGCUGGCCGUGCGGAAGAUCCCGAUGCGGGCUCCGGGUGUUGCCGCCGAAGAGGAAACCAAGUCUGAUGACGAUGAUGGCGACGACAACGGCGAUAAUGCCGACACAAAGUUCACUGGCAACCGCAAGUCCACCCAGGGCAGAGGCGCCGACCAACCCUCAUCCCGGAACGACGACUCUGGACAGAUGGGACUGACUGCCGCUGCCGCUGCGGCAACCGGAGGCAUGAUGAAAAUCGACUCGACCACCCCCAACUCGGCCCAAUCGACAGGCUUUGACCACGGCCGAUCUGGAUCUGUGUACCAGCGCGGAUCUGGCGCCGCGGCGCAAUCCCAGCGGGAAGCCGCAUACGCUGAGCAGCUCAACUCGCGCGCGCCAACAGUUGAUGCUACUCGCGACGAGCGCGAACAGGGUCUCUACCGCACCGCGACUAACUCCACCCAAGGCCAGCAGCCCAACGCACAGGGAGGCGGCGCCGGAGACAACACCAACGCCCCCUCGCGCGGCCUGUCGACGGGCCGGCGAAAAGAAGGCACACGCACCUCAUACAAUGAGCAUGGCGUCCCGUCCCUGCCCGCGCCAUCGCCCCUGUCCCCCGUGCACUCAGGCCUGACCCCGUCAACCAGCGACGUCCCGAUCCUCGGCGCGCCGACUCCUCCCUCCCGCGGUAGCGCCCGCUACGAGCCCCGGCCUCUAUCUCAGCCCCAAUCCCAGGCACAGGCACCUCAACUCCCCUACAACAACAACAACAGCAACAACCAGGGCAUCGUCUCCCCGAAUCCGGCCGCCUACAACACCUACUCGCCCGCCAACGCCUACGAUCCCGUCCACGUAACCGGCGUCAGCGCCGAGCACACCCCCAUGCGCAACCACCGCUUCGACUCCGGCCCGCCCAUCUCCGGCAUCACCGCCAGCAGCAACUACGAUUUCCACGAUCGCUAUGACCCCGUCUCGCCAUCUUCGCUGCACUCCCCACCGCCGCCGCCCGCCCCGGCCCCUGCCGCUACUGCUCCGGCUCCGGGCCCGACAUCGCCGCCGCAGUCCGAGGCUGUGAAUCGUCGCUCAUCGUUCCUAGCGAAGGCUCUUCGGAGGGAUCUUAGCAGGAAACCUUAUGCGGAGCAUUAA